CUUCUGAGUCCUUGUGCUUAAUUUCCUUCAUUCUCCUUCCUCUGAUCUUCUUCUCGAUCCCUCUCCGGAAGUGGCUCACCUCACUCCAGUACUCCACCAUAGCUGCUGGCUAGAUAGAUAGAUUUUUACAACUGCACCUCUCUCUCUCUCUCUCUCUCUCUCUCUCUCUCUCUCUCUCUCUGUCUGUCUGUCCAUGGAGAAGGCAGAAAGAGAGACUCAUGACUUCAUGAACGUCGAUUCCUUCUCUCAGCUUCCCUUCAUAAGACCAGCUCCAGUUAAAGACAAGGGUAUUCGCCUCUUCGGCAUAGAAUUCGGUGGCGACGUAACCAUCACCGACGAGUCCGAGUCCAUCGAGACUAACGCAACCAUCGACGAAGCCAAAGACGACAACAACAACAACAACUUGAUGAACAACAGCGACAACAAUCGGAAAUUCGAGUGCCAUUACUGCUGUCGUAACUUCCCCACAUCACAGGCUCUUGGUGGUCACCAGAACGCUCACAAGCGCGAGCGUCAACAUGCCAAGCGUGCUCACCUUCAGUCAGCCAUGGCACUCAAUAGUAACUUCACUGAAGGCCAACAAAUGUACGGCCUCGUCAAUUUCCGACCGCCGACACUGACAUACCCAUCUUGGAACAAUAUCAUGGGUACUAGUAACAACAACAACACUAGUACUACUGGUAGGUUCUAUAGGAGCAACCAUGGCGGCGGCGGACUUCAACAUCCGCCACCAGCGAUUAACGGGAGUCCUUUGGCCAUGUGGAGAAUCCCAGCUGUUCAAAGCACGCCGAGUUGCGACAGAGACCGGCUUUUGUUACCCUUGUUCGCCGGCGACGGGGACUCGAAGACAGGAAACAUGGGAAGCCCUAGUUCACACGGCCUACACGUGUAUGAGAACAAGAAGCCAAACGUACACGACCAUGUGAGUUUGGAUCUGCAUCUGUAAUUCGUUUUAGGGAAAUUUCCCUUCUUCUUAAUGUUAAUCCCC